AUGCUGUUGUGGAAUCGAACAGUCUUUUUCCACGGCAAACGAUCGUAUAUGAUGACAAGAAGGGAAGCCAUGAGACGUCUUGUUGGACUGGAGCUCGUUGCCCUUUCGCUCAUCUUCUGGAUCGCCAGCGAUGUUACCGCGUUGACGAUCCACCGCCCCGCUUACCUCGCAGGGAUGGAUAUCAGGGGGGAAACUCUCUUCGUCGGCCCCACGAAGUGGUGCGGCAGGGACUACCGGGGGAAUAUUGUUGUUGUGCAGAACAGGGAUUUGUGCCCUGACGCUUCCAACACCACCAACACAACACAAUGGCGGGGCGCCGUCAUCUUGUCUCCGAAGGGUGACUGCGCUGUGACUGUCAAAGCUGUCGCGGCCCAGAAGAAGGGUGCCGUCGGUUUGAUCGUUGAGGUGCCAGUUGGGGUGCUGGACGUCGGUUCCGACGUGACAAUUCCCGUGGAGUCUGUAGAAAGUGAGGCGCGAAACCUGAUCGUGGAGACAAUCAGUCAGGGAAUGGAGGUGGACGUUUCGCUGGGUAUUUCUCUCAAUGUGCUGCGAUUCGCGGCGUGA